AUGUUACGAGCUCUGUUUCGGGAAAUAACAAAUCUUCACUUGCAAGAUGAAACGAUCUAUCGCUGCGUAACAGAGAAAGAAUUCUUUGUGCUGUGCUACGCUACGCUACGCUUGAAUCAUGUAUGGAUGACUAUGGGAAAAUUUGCUGGUCUUGACGAACGAUUUGGAAGCCCCCUCAAGCUUGACAAACCGACCUACCCUGUGUUCUAUAGCCUCAUCAAAACGCAUAAACUGAAACCCGAUGAGAUGAACUCAACAUCAGCGGCAACAUUCAAAAUCUGA